GUUGUCACCUGUUAUGACUUCCCUCAGUGCUCUUCGCAAUCUCAAUAUCCUCCCCUCCACCGUCAAAUCUCUCCCUCGUACUUUCUUCAGAUCAUCCUCAGCAACAAAAAUGUCCUCCCAGAACCAGUUCAGACAGCAAUCGCACAAGCUCUUGGUCAUCCCCGGUCCUAUUGAAGUCACUGAUGAGGUCCUCUACGCCAAUGCGCACCCUCUCGUCUCCCACAUGUCUCUCGAUUUCGCAGCCGUAUUCGGAGAUUGCAUUCGCAUGACCAGAGACGUUCUUUACACCAAGUCCGCUCAGCCAUUCCUUAUCUCAGGGUCAGGUACUCUGGGUUGGGAUCAGGUCUCUGCAAACCUCGUGGAACCGGGUGAAAAUGUACUUGUCCUACACAGCGGUUACUUCGCAGACAGUUUCGCAGACUGCUUGGAAACCUACGGAGCAAAAGUCGACCAAGUCAAGGCUGAUCUAGGCUCCGUGGUCAGUCCAGCCGAAGUAGAACGCGCGCUCAAGUCCAAAAAAUACAAAGUCCUCACCGUCACACACGUAGAUACAUCCACAGGUGUCCUGUCUGAUAUCAAAGCAGUGGCCGAGGUGGUCCGAAAAGUCUCACCAGAAACUCUGAUCGUCGUGGAUGCCGUCUGCUCUGUUGCCAGCGAAGAAAUUCGAUUCGACGACUGGGGCAUCGACGUCGUUUUGACAGCUAGCCAGAAAGGCCUCGGCGCUCCUCCCGGUCUCAGCAUCGUCGUCGCAAGCGAGAGAGCCAUGAAGGUGUACGAGACUCGUAAGACGCGUAUAACAUCAUACUAUGGCAGCUGGAAGAAGUGGUUGCCCAUUAUGAAAGCAUACGAAGCCGGCACUGCAGGCUACUUCGCCACUCCUCCCGUCAACCUCAUCUACGCGUUCCACGCCUCGUUGUCCCAAAUCACAAAGGGCUCUGUGACGCUCGAAGAGCGGUUCAAGCUCCAGAAGGAUGCUAGCUCCCGACUAAAGAAAGCCGCCGAAGCCAUGGGAUUCAAAGGACUUCCUCUCAGCACUGAGGUCGCAGCCAACGGCAUGACAGCUCUUUAUUUCCCAGAUGGACUCGAAGCUAGUGACGUGGUGCCUCGUCUGCUCAAGAAGGACAUCGUCGUAGCUGGAGGUUUGCAUGCUGCUGUCAAGACGAAGUACUUCCGUAUCGGGCACAUGGGAGUCAGCGCGAUCGAUGCUCAGCGUGGAGACAUUGACAAGAUUAUCAGUGCCUUGAAGGAGACGCUCGCAGAAGCCAAGGCGAGCAAGAAGGCAUGAAAGGAAGACAAAGUCAUCUAUCAUCGAUACCGUAGUCACAUUCACAUACUUUUUUUUUGUAACUUUCUUAAUACGGACGACAAUACAGCUGAAAGGGAAGAGAAGAGAAGUCAUAUCAAUUUUUUUUUUCGUGUCUGUUUGAAAUAAUGGAUAAUGGUGCCAGUGUCUA